CGGUUUGUCCCUUGCUAGUGUCCGUAGUAGUUGGAAAAACAUGGCUUCACACGCAAGCAAGGCAUUUCUGUCCCUAGGUCGAAUAAAUGUUUCUGGUCUUGGACUUCAGAAAUCAGUGAGCAGCAGAGUCACAUACGCGACGGAUGUGUCUAUACAUUCUUCUAAUGUAAAUAAAGGCCUUCCUGAUAGAGGCGAUAGAGGAUUCUUCAGAAGACCCAGGAGAACUGCAGGGGAGCCCAGGACAGAAAAGAUGCCGGUGGAUCAGGACUGGACUGCAGUUUAUCCAGCAGCAACCCCCUUCAGACCGAGCUCUGUCCCCCUGCCUGUGAGGAUGGGCUACCCUGUGAAGGGAGGCGUUCCUCCCGAGAAGAAGGGCAACUUGGAGCUGAUCAAGAUACCAAAUUUUCUUCAUUUGACACCGGCAGCCAUCAAGAAACACUGUGAAGCUCUGAAACCAUUCUGUUCUGAGUGGCCCUCUGCCUUGGACACUGACGCAAAAUGUGACGAGCACUUCCCUAUCAAAGUGGGAAGCACAGACUACGUGUCUGCCGGCCUGUCUGUCAGAAACCCUUCAGCUCGCAUUGUUCAUCUCAAAGUAAAACUGUCCAGUUUAAAUCUGGAUGACCAUGCACGCAAGAAGAUGCUUAAACUAGUUGGGGAGAGAUACUGCAAAGAUACUGAUGUCCUCACCAUUACAACUGACAGCUGCCCAUUGAGACAGCAGAACCAUGACUAUGCCAUGUACCUGCUAACUGUCCUCUACCACGAGUCUUGGAAAACAGAGGCCUGGGAGGCUGAGAAGACUGUGGCAGACAUGGAGGAGUACAGCUGGGAGGACAGCCCGUCCCAAAGAAACAUCUUAGAUAUGCUAGUACGCAUGAAAGUGGCUGGGGAAGGAGAAGGCGAGGAAGUGCGAGAGCAGCUGCUGGGAAAAAAAGAAGUGCAGGAGUAUAAGGACUCUGUCACAAGGUUGAAGAAUGAAGGAGAAAGCGAGAGCACCAUGCUGCAGUACAAAGAGGCUGUCAAGAAAGUACUCAACCUGUAAUACAGCUUAAUGUACACAUUUAUUUACAUGAAGAUGGUGACCAAGAGCAGCAGGGACCACAAAAACAUUAAUACUUGUGGCCUCAUGUAUCAUUUUGGAUUCCAUCUACGUACCAGUAACACAAACAACAAUUUACUGUAGAUAAUUACUGUUCCAUUAUACAUGAGGAUAUUACAACCUCAAGGUUCUCAACUACUGUAUUUAUUUUCCAAAAUAAAUGUACUGUCAUCAGGUCUUUAAUACAAAAAUAAAAGCCUAAUGUAU